AUGUUGAAGUUUACCUUCGAGUCUGGUUGAGUUAAUGCAGUAUAAUAUCCUAAGUAUAGGAUUGAACAAGAGAGGCCGGUAAAACAUGCACAAUGACUACGCUGAUACGACGCUCACGAACAUUUCCUGCAGCAUCUCAUAAUCCAGACCAAACUCACUCGGAAAGUGGAUACAUUUUUCCCGCUGCUCUACGAGACCUCACCAUUUCCAAUUAUUUUCAGUCAAACAGGAAAUCAGUUCCAGUCUCCUCUUUUAGAUCUACCCAGCCUACCAUGUCUGAACCAGGUUCUGGUUGUGGUGUUCCGGCCCAGAGAAGCUCACAGCGGGGUCCAGAGUUGCUGUCAGUGAAGCUGGGGGACUGCAGUCAAACAGUGGAACUCAAUGUGAUUGUCAAGGAGGAGGGCGAGGAGAGAGAAAUCAAUGAGCGGGAGGAGGAAGAGAGAGAGGACAGGGCCUCUGUUGACUCAGGAGAGAUCCCCAACCCAGACUCGGUAAACGAGCCCAGUUCCACAGCAUCAAGACUGCCUGGUUGUGGGAGUUACCCCUGUCCUCAAUGUGGGAAGUGUUUCAGUCGAGCAGGAGACCUGAAGACUCAUCAGAGAUCCCACAGUGGAGAGAAGCCUGCCAGUACUCUCAAUGUGAUUGUCAAAGUGGAGGAGGAUGAGAAGGAAAAGAGAGGAGUUGAGGAAGAGAAGGAAACUAGUGGUAUAGUCGACCCAGAUACAUCAAGACUUCGUGGUCGUUACCCCUGUCCUCAAUGUGGAAAGAGUUUCAGUUCCUCAGGUAAUCUAAAGAAUCAUCAAAGAGUUCACAAUGGAGAGAAACCUUACCACUGCUCCCAAUGUGGAAAGGGUUUCAGUCGAGCAGGAGACCUGAAGACUCAUCAGAGAUCGCACAGCGGAGAGAAGCCUCACCACUGCUCUCUUUGUGGGAAGUGUUUCAGUCGAGCAGGAGACCUGAAGACUCAUCAGAGAUCGCACAGUGGAGAGAAGUCUGCCAGUACUUUCAAUGUGAUUGUCAAAGAGGAGGAGGAUGAAAAGGAAAUCGAUGAGAAGGUAAAGAGAGAAGUUAAGGAAGAGCAGGAAGCUAGUGGUGUAGUUGACCCAGAUACAUCAAGACUAUCUGGUCGUGGUCGAUUCCCCUGUCAUCAGUGUGGGAAGAGUUUCCGUUCCUCAGGUAAACUAAAGAAUCAUCAAAGAGUACACACUCGAGAGAAACCAUUUCACUGUGCCACAUGUGGGAAGAGUUUCCGUGAAAAAUUCAACCUCACGAGACAUGAGAAGGUACAUAGUGGGGAGAAGCCGUAUCACUGCACCCAGUGUGGGAAAAGCUUCAAUCGUUCUGGAAGUCUUAAGGAACAUCAAAGAGUACAUACAGGGGAGAAGCCUUACCACUGCUCUCUUUGUCAGAAGAGUUUUAGUCAGCCAGGAAACCUUAAGAAACACCAGAGAAUACAUACAGGGGAGAAGCCUUACCGUUGCUCUCUGUGUGGAAAUAGUUUUUGUUUUGCUGGAAACCUCAAGAAUCAUCAGAGAUCACACUGUGGAGAGAAGCCUUACCGCUGCUCUCAGUGUGGGGAGGGAUUCCCUCAACUAAAAAGUCUUAAAAGCCAUCAGAAAAUACAUAUUGGAGAGACGUCUCCCUCUACUUUCAAUGUGAUUGUCAAAGAGGAGGGUGGUGACUGUACUUUCAAUGGGAUUGUCAAAGAAGAGGAGGAUGGGAAGAAAAUUGAUGAGAAGGAAAUGAGAGAAGUUGAAGAGGACGACAACAACAGUGGUGUAGUUGACCCAGAUACAUCAAGAUUGCCUGAUCGGGGUCGUUACCCCUGUCCUCAAUGUGGAAAGAUUUUCAGUUCCUCAAGUAAUCUUAAGAAUCAUCAAAGAGUUCACACUGGAGAGAAACCUUUCCUCUGCUCCCAAUGUGGGAAGAGUUUCAGUGAGAAAGUAAACCUUAAGAGACACGAAAGAGUACAUAGUGGAGAGAAGCCUUACCACUGCACCACAUGUGGGAAGAGCUUCAAUCAUUCAGGAAGCCUUAGAGAUCAUCAGAGAAUUCAUACAGGGGAGAAACCUUACCACUGCUCACUUUGCGGAAAUAAUUUUCGUUUUGCUGGAGACCUAAAGAAUCAUCAGAGAUCACACAGUGGAGAGAAGCCUUACCAAUGUUCUCGGUGUGGAGAGGGAUUCACUCAGCUAAGAAGUCUAAGAAGUCAUGAGAGAAUAUCCAUUGGAGGGAAGCCUGCCUGUGCUUUCAAUGUGAUUGUCCAAGAAGAGAAAGAAGUUGAGGGAGAGGAGAGUGAUGUGAAAUAAACGUGAAGUGAGGAUACAUUAGCUAACUAUAGGUAUUGAUAUUCACACCUAUCCUUGCAAUGGUGUCAUGGACAGCACCAUUUAGGGCUAUCUUCUUUUACUUCUAUGAGUGUAUUGGACGUUCACAAAUGAACUCAACUUGAAUACCACCACCACCUAUUGUGCUGGAGAGUGUAUUAAUCUGACCUUUAUUUUGACAGGGAGUCAAUACUGAGACCGAGGUCUCUUUUCCAGAUGAGGCUUGUAUAGCACCACAAUACACAUUAAACUACAAUAAACACAUUCAACUACACAUUCAUAAACACAAUAUACACGGUGUAAUACACAACAUGACACGAAAAGUAAAACGCAAUCAUAAAAAAAACAGACAUUCUUUCGCAACAAGGUCCCAUAACAACUGUCUGAAAUGCCCUAGAGGCACCAAUUCCUCCAAUUUUAAAGUGCAUUGUAGAUUAUUCGGCACACGCAAGGCACAAGGAAACCAAAUGCUGAUCUACCGAACUCUGUAGACACCAAUGGAGUCUCUCUAGAGUUAACCAACCCUGGGAACGGGUUUGAUAACUUAUCAUUUAGAGGCAGCUGCUAUUUUAUAAAUAGUAUCACCAUAAUUGAGAACGGGUAGAAAGGUUGACUGCCGAAUCUGUUUCCUGCUGACUAGAGGGAGACUAGAUCAGUUUCUGUAAAAAAAAAAAAAAUUUAAAACAUUUUAAAUCUUAGUUUCUUUAACUAGCUCAGUCGUAUGUUUAAGCAACAAAAAAAAACAAAAACGUUAAAUCACG